CACAUAUACUAUCUGCAACAACAAAUGCAAUAUUAGUUUUUAACAAAUACAUUUUACAAAUGAAACAACAAAUUCAACGAAGGACUACCAAGUGCAAAGUCGCAACUAACGAAAACGAAACGAACUAACAAAUUAACUGUAAAUGUGCCAGCAAAAGAGACGUGUGAGAAUUGUGUUUUAGCAAUUUUCAAAAAGAUCACCAAAAGAGAAUCGGAAAACAUUCACGAGUUGAAAUUCUUCCACCGAAAUAGCCAAAUAAUAUUUGCGGUAUUUUCUACAAAAUAAAUAAAUUAACUAAUUCAAAAUGCUGUGGGAAUCAAUUGCCGAAGAGAACAAUUGCGCCAUGGAUUGCAAUAUCAGCAACAUGAACAACAAAAACAACAGCAGUCGCCGCGUUCGCCGUGCGCUGACCAACAACACCAACACCAACAACAACAUGAACAACAUCAUGGCUAUGGAUGCUGAGGAGGAGCUUUCGUUCUACGACGAUGACGCUUUGCCGUUGUCGUCGCCGUCGCAGCGCUCGGUCAGCCCGGCGUUGCUCGGUCUGCUCUCGCCCGAGGGCUCGCCGCAGCGUUUUCAAAUUAUCCGCCAGCCCAAGCUCUUGCAGCAGCAACAGCCGGUGGCAACCCCAGCAGCGGCAGCUGGCAGCGCUGCUACACCUGCGCGCAGCUUUCGCAUAUUCAACAGCCUCUCCUCGUCGGGCUCCAUGGAGUCGUCCAUGGAUGAUGAGUACAUGGAGCUGUUCGAAAUGGAAUCCUAUGCUGGCGUCCAACAACCAACCCCAUCCUCCUCGCUCACACUGCCCAGCGGGCUUAACUCGCUGAUCAGCGGGCAAAUCAAGGUGCCGCCCAAAUCGCCGGAGGCCCUGACCAUGAUGAUGCGUCGUCCGUCGGUGCGUCGUUGCCUCAGUAUGACAGAGACGAAUAGCAAUCAGCUAGCAUUAUCACAACAACAACAACAGCAACCAAAGACGUCAGAGACUGCACGGGAUUGCUUCAAGCGUCCCGAACCGCCCGCAUCGGCCAGCUGCUCACCCAUCCAGAGCAAGCGUCACCGCUGCGUCGAGAAGGAGAACUGCCCCACCGCUGCCACUGCCACAGCUACAACCACAUCAACCCACCCACCUCCUCUGCGCAAAAGCAUGUCGCUCAAUGAUGCUGAAAUCAUGUCCGCUUUGGCACGCUCGGAGAAUCACAAUGAGCCGCAGCUAAUUGGCGACUUUAGCAAGACGUACGCCCUGCCACUGAUGGAGGGACGUCACCGGGAUCUCAAAUCGAUCUCCAGCGAGACGGUGGCGCAACUGUUGAACGGCAAGUUCGAUCACCAGGUAGCCAGUUAUCGCAUCAUCGACUGCCGCUAUCCGUACGAAUAUGAUGGCGGGCAUAUUCGAGGCGCCAAGAACCUCUACACCCACGAGCAGAUCCUUGAGGAGUUCCUGAGCGCGACACAGACUGAGCUGCAGCAGCAGCAAAAUGCCGCCGCCGGCAACAAGCGCCACAUCAUCAUCUUCCACUGUGAGUUCUCGUCGGAGCGUGGCCCAAAAAUGUCGCGUUUCCUGCGCAACCUGGAUCGGGAGCGCAACACGCAUGCGUAUCCGGCCCUGCACUAUCCGGAGAUUUAUCUGCUGCACAACGGCUACAAAGAGUUCUUCGAGACACAGUCGGAGCUCUGCCAGCCGAGCGCGUAUCGCCCGAUGCUGGAGCCGGCCUACAAUGAGGCCUACAGACAUUUCCGGGCCAAGUCCAAGUCCUGGAAUGGUGAUGGGGGCGCUGGAGGCGCUGCAACGGGUCGCUUUAAGAAGUCGCGUUCGCGGCUGAUGCUGUAGAUGCGGCUGCUUCUUCAUCAUUUAUACGACUGGGUGGCAACGCCCGCAGAAAAUCACUCGUAUUUGUAAAUAGA